GGAACCAGCCAGUUUGGUGUCUAAUGAUGGAGUACUUGGAUUUACAAGCAAACCACACAGUUCAUCAAGGGCCAUGGAGGGACACAGGACUUGAGAGUGACCUUUUGUUUUCAGUGCAAGUCAUUUUAUUGCAAAAUUUGUACUGCAUAAAGUAAAUAGCAAGUUAUUUUACUGCAGAUGAAGAUGAAUUUUGAUACUGGCUGUUUGCUCAAUUAUCAGAUUUAUUGCCUCAGAUAUCUCUACCUGAGCAAGUUCUUUGUGGAACAGCUCUGCAAGGCUCCUUUUGCUGGCCCUGGACAGAGGCAGGGCUCCCUUUGCUGGCUGUAGAGAGAUGCUGGUUCAUUAGACCUGUUUGAGACAUCUGCUAUGGAAUGAGCACAAGCCCAGGAGGACUGUGUCAGCUGACGGCAGAUCUCUAUUUUUGAGCUAGACAAUCCCACCCCAAGUGUGUGCUAGUGAUUUAUGUGGUUUGUAACAAGGUCCUCGGUGUGGCAGAGGGCAGUCCCAAGUCUGCAGCCCCUCACAGUCCCUAACUAUGGUGGUGAGGGAGAGGUGAGAUGCUCCUCUCCCUCCCAAGCAGGCAGAUACUGCACCAAGACUGGGCUGCCAACUCUCUUCUCCCAUAGGGAUAUCUGAUAGGACAGAUCUUGAGCAAACAGCCAAUAACAAAAUCUGAUUUUCGUUUGUUAGUCACACUGUGUACCUUGAAGGAGAGGCUGGUUUCUACUGGUGAGCAACUGGUUGUACUAGUCACACCAGGCAAUAAAUGUUUAGUUUUGAAAAGGUGUUGGCAUGAAGGUGUGUACUCGAUAGAGGUGUUUGCUAAUGGAUAACUGUCCCCUGGGUGUGUAGCCACUGAUUGGAGGGGACAGAUGCAUAAAGAACCCCAGAAGCAGAGCAGACUCCAUCCUCCACGAGAACCCUGAGGCUGUGCCUGUUCAGGAGGAAGCCAGGCUCCAGAAGCAACAUGUCUCAGCUGGAAACUGCGAUGGGAAUGACCAUUGCUGUCUUUGACCAGUAUGCAAGGACUGAUGGCAACAGGCAAACCCUCAGCAAAGCAGAACUAAAGACUCUGCUGGAAAAGGAGCUCCCAAAUUUCCUUGCGUCUGGGAAGGACAAGAAUGCUAUUGAUAAAGUCUUCAAGAACCUGGAUGAAAAUGGAGAUUCUGAAGUGGACUUCAAAGAAUUUGUCAUCUUUGUGGCAGCUCUGACUUGCUGCUGUCACAAAUAUUUUGAGCAGAAUGCAGCCAAAUAGUUGUCAAACUACUCACAUAAGCUGUCUUUGCGUGUGCUCCAUAUGCUAGUGAUAUGGAUCCCUUCACUCCUUCCAUGUACUGCUGUGAAGUUUGCAAGCACGCUGGACUGUAAAAAUAAACCCUACUGAGCUCAUUCUCUAUCCUGAAUGCUAAUUUCUUCUCAUUUGUGGAACAGCCUGGGUUUAAUGACUCCCACUAACUCACAUGGAGUAGUUUCUCCCUUUCUCUGGUUUUAAAAUUCUUAACCAAAAGGUUCAAUACUCAUCCCAGUCCAGAAGCUGCACAUGAAUAAGGGCUGGUAGAGCCAUGAAUCAGCUGGAGGCUGUUUUGAUACAUCAGCAUCUCUGGGAUGCAUCCCAAACCCACACAUGCGCCACCAUAGCUGUACAGGACAGGCCUCACUGGCACAACCUUUAAGCCUGUUUGGUACCCUCAGCUGUGUUGCUGUUGCAGGGCUGCCUUGUAGGUUCUUUAUUGGUUAAAACAGCAAAACAACUCCAAACAUAUUUUCUGGUUUUUUUCAGCAUGGAGGAUCCUGUGAAGUUUUGUGUGCUGGUGAGCCAUCUCACCCAGAUCACACAGAUUUAUUUUCUAUGACACCGUAAGACUUGAUAUUACUUUAAAAUAAAUUUAAAUACCCUCCCAAAUAGUGUGCCAUAGUAUUUUUGCCUGAAGCAAAAAUGGCAGCAAUUGUUG